GACGAAAGUCUAGGUGCACUUCAUCUAAUGCUUAGUUUUGUACGGUCUUUUGUGAGCUUCAUUAAGCCCUAUAUUUUUAGCUACUGGCGCCCGUUGUCACGGUUAUGGAAGAGGGGGAACUUUACGCGCUGGAAUAAAACUAUCGCUAUUUCAUCUGACAGUCUAAACCCCUUCGUGUACUAAUUGAGUCCAAUCGUAUGAUUGUAGCACGGAAGAAGAAGAAGUAGAACCUCAUCUCAAAGCAUGUCAAAUUUCUUUGCUUCUCGCAUGAUAAUAUUACAGCCCGCCAUUUUAUCAUCUUUUGGCUGAAUCGCGGUGCACUUCCGGAUUUUCAUUUGUAACCAUUUGGCUGCUACUUGAGGGGGAGAAGAAAGUAACUGUAAAUGCAAAAUUUGUUUCUGAAUCAUCAACGAGGCCGAACAGCUGCACGAGAUGAGCCGCAUGACGGGAAACUACCGCAGCCACUUAGUAGUUUCUCCUGGACGUAUUCGCUCGGUGAACGAGUGGCUCCAGCGACGGGGCACUGCUCUUUCCGCAUUCCUGUUGCUCUCGCAGGAGUUAGAUUGGCUAGCACAGGAGAGGAUUGGUUCUCACAGGUUUGCGUUUGCAAAUACUAGCACGACAACCUCCCUGAUCAUAUCAAAAAGAAAGACGUCGACAGUGUAUAUGUCAAAAGUAGUCAAGAUCAUGCAAAGGAAGUACAUCAGACGGUAGAAAUCGUAUAAUCAUCUGUUAUUUAUUGCAGCGAUCGUACAAGAAGGCGAAGGCCUGCUGCGCUAUGAUGCCCUGAGCAAAGAGACUUUUCCUUGCGUUAUUGACAAGACCGUCGUAAAAACAUCGAGUGCUUGUAGUUUUCUGUAUGAUAUUAUCAGGAACAUUCUCAUCCGGGAGUGCGAAACAUCACUGGAGUGUGCAGCGGGACAAACACGCCACUGCGUGAGAGUAUGGACUGCAAAAGUUGUAAGUACUAUCGCAACAACACGUAUACGUACUAGAGUCUGCCUCAGACCACGAGUUGCACUUUAGCAAGGUCGAAGAGGUUAAGAGGUUCUAAGGUUUUCUUGCAUCCACCUUUGGUGUUACUUGUCCCUAAGUGAAUGCGAUGUUGAACAACAACUUCUUUUGCACCGGAUACAUUUAGCCUUUCCGCAAGUCGGCAACGAGGUGAUCUUUGUGCCGGAAUUGCACAACGGGGUCUUCGAUGCAGCGUACGACUACCGUCUCUCCUGGUACGACCUACGCUACAGCUCCUACCUCUCCCGCACGGCAAUCGCCGAGCGGUGGCGCCUGACCCAACACAAAAAGAUCGAUCCGACAGUUACCGCCCAUGUCCUCGGAUACCACGAGGCAAGCUACCCCGAGAUCCUGACCAAUGCGACAGCUGCUGCAGCCCCCUACACAGACAUCCUGGAGUACCCAACGGUAACCCGGCCGGUGUUGAAGGUGCGCUACACGUUCGGAACCGUGUGUCCCAACUGGGCCUGGUACCACGUAGCAACGUUAGAGAUCAAUCCGGCCUACUGCGCGCGCAGCAAUAAAACGCAAACGCGGACCGAAAACGGGGGUUGUCUGUACCACGUGACCACCUGCUGUGGGGCGUUGGAGACUUUGACGGACGGGCACGCGUACGCUGCGCAGGAUGUCGCGCCCUACGAGGUCACCGUCCGGUCUAGUUUGGUCAAGCCCCCCUGCGUGUGUCCGAACGGGUACGCGAUGCUGUACCCACGGUGCGAGUUUUACAAUACCCGCGCGCAAGCAUGCCGAGCGUGCCGGCCGGGUUACGGACUGACGGGAGACUUCACCUGCGAGUGGGGCGCUACGAGUAUCACAGAGCCACCUAUGCAAGAAAGAACUGUGUAAGUGUAAGUCUGUGAUGCAGAAAAUACAAAACAGUUACAUGACACUUGUCAUGGUGUCCACCUAUUAUAGCGUCCUCUUUUCAACAUACGAGCUUCCACGUACUCGCUGCCCGUGAACAAGUCAGGGCUUCUCUGUCAUGCAGAGCGAAUUUGUCAUGCUGUCACCCCGAGACACAAACACAGUUUUUUUUCUUGGAUACCACCAGCUCUUGAUGUGACGAACGCCGGGACAUACAACAUCAGGUCAAUCACCGGCAAUGCCCACUGA